UCUUCAGAAGAAGACAACAGGUUCUUGACAUGCCUUCAAACCUAUCUUCUUGGAAAGGAUAUGGACUGGGGAUUCUGGGCUUUCCAAGGUAGCUACUAUUUGAAGAAAGACCAGGUCCAAGUUGAGGAGUCAUUUGGUGUAAUGGAUGCAACAUGGCGUAACCUUAGAUAUCCAAAUUUCACCGACAAGUUCCAGCUUUUGCAAAGGAAGAAUCUUGAACCUAACUCCAUGGCCCCCAUUGUAAAUAUCUUGUACCACCCACUGUCUGGUCAAUGUGCUCAAGUGAAUGACAGGAAUGAAGUUGAACUCGGAAGCUGUGAGAGCAAACACAGAUGGGNUCGUGGAGAGGAUGAGACNAAANUGCUUUUACAUAGCACUGAGAAGUGCUUAACAGCAACUGGUGAAGGGCUUCCAGUUGUAGUUUCUGAUUGUGAAACGAACAACAGUUCAUGGAAAUCUGAAUCUCUUUCUAAACUUCACUUGGCAAGUAUGAAUGAACAGGAGGAACAACUUUGCUUGCAGAAGGAUUCUAACUCAUCCACCAUUGUGACUUCAAAGUGUAUCUGCAUAAAAGAUGAUUCUGAAUGUCUUGAUGAUCCUCAAAGCCAGUGGUUCCAGCUUGUUCAAACCAAUGUGUAGCU